GGGCGGAUCGCGGGCGGCAGCGCUCCAUCACCAGCGCAGAGAGAAAGGGGAAGAGGAGGAGGAGAAAGGAGGAAGGAAGGAAGGAGGGCCGGGGCGGAGGGGGGGGGCGCGCUGGGCCCCCCCAGGCUGGCGAUGGCCUGACCGGGUCCCCGCGGCCCCCCAGCACGGCCCCCUCCCCGUGCCCAGCGGGCGGCGGGCGAUGCGGCGCGGCGGUGACGGAGGUUUCGGGGCAGGAUGCUGAGGACGGAGGCAGCGAGCGGGGCGGCAGCCCCGGGGGGCAGCGGGGGGGCCCCGGGCAGCGGGGCGGGCAGCGGGGGGUUGAGGAGCGCGUCCCCGCACCGCAACGCGUACGAGGCCACCAUCCAGGCCCUGAAGCCCACAAAGGAUGCCGAGGGCGAGGACGGCAAGAAAGCCCGCAGCAAGAAGUAUGGCUCCAACGUCCAUCGCAUCAAGAACAUGUUCCUGCAGAUGGGGACGGCGCCGGGCCCCGAGGGCGCCUGCGACUUGGCCAAGGGCAAGGAGAAACCCGUCCGCCUCUCCCUGCCCCGCGCCGGCAGCCUGAGCGAUGGCAUGGAGCAGGGCAGCCCGCUGAAGCUGGGCACCAGCGUGUCCGAGAGGGUGAGCCGCUUCGAUUCCAAGCCCGACAAACCCUUCUCCAAGCUGCAGGAGACCCGUAAGAUCUUCGAGAGGAGCCCGCAGGAGAAGGAAACCACCACCAAGCUGCUGCUGCGCAAAGAGCGCGCCGGCUUCCAGGACCGCAAGCUGGACGUGGUGGUGAAGUUCAACGGCAGCACCGAGUCCUUGGAUAAGCUGGACACCGAGGCCGUGUCGCCCACCGUCAGCCAGCUGAGCGCCGUGUUCGAGAAGGCUGACCUGAGGAACAACCUGCACAAGACGCCGGGGCGCGCAGGGCCGCUCAACUCCAAGCUGGUGAGCAAAAGGUCCCGCGUCUUCCUGCAGGGCGGAGAGGGUGGCAAAGCCGAGGGCUGCGCAGAAGGCAGCGCUGCGCCCGCACGGCCGCGUCCUGCGGAGGAGGAGAAGGUGAUGGGCAAAGCGCCGAGGUCGGCGGAGAAGGAUGGGAGCGUCCCGCGCGUGCAGGAGGUCUGCAAGAUCAAACCUGUGGAGGUGGAGGAGAGCGGAGAGUCGGAGGCGGAGGUGGAGGUGAAGGAGCCCGCGGCUGCGGCCGAGGUGGCCAAAGGGGCCGAGGGGUCGGUGGUCCCCGAACCGUGCCUGGAUGGGGGUGAGGAGCCCCCCGACGCCAAGGAGGGAGGCAAGGGUGAGCGGGUGGAGGAGAGCGAGCUGUACGAUGAGUCCAAGAAGGAGGACUUCUCCGAGGCGGACCUGGUGGACAUAAGUGCCUACAGUGGGCUCGGGGAGGACUCGGGGGGCAGCGGGUUGGAUGAGGAUGAGGAGGCGGAUGGGCUCUACGAGCCCGAAUCCAGCUGCAUGGAGAUCCCGGGGCUGUCUGAGGAAGAGGAACCCGUUCCCAAUCGCAAGAUCCAGUUCAGCACGGCGCCCAUCCAGGUCUUCAGCACUUACUCCAAUGAGGACUACGACCGCCGCAAUGAAGAUGUUGACCCCAUGGCUGCAUCAGCAGAGUAUGAGCUGGAGAAGAGGGUGGAGCGGCUCGACCUCUUCCCCGUGGAGCUGGAGAAAGAUGCUGCAGGGCUGGGAAUCAGCAUCAUCGGCAUGGGCGCAGGGGCUGACAUGGGCCUGGAGAAGCUGGGCAUCUUCGUCAAGACGGUGACGGAGGGAGGGGCGGCCCACCGGGACGGCAGGAUCCAGGUGAACGACCUCAUCGUGGAGGUGGAUGGCACCAGCCUGGUGGGAGUGACGCAGAGCUUCGCUGCCUCCGUGCUCAGGAACACCAAGGGCCGUGUCCGGUUCCUCAUCGGGCGGGAGAAGCCAGGUGAGCAGAGUGAGGUGGCCCAGCUGAUCCAGCAGACGCUGGAGCAGGAGCGGUGGCAGCGGGAGAUGAUCGAGCAGCGCUACACGCAGUACACUGAGGAUGAUGAGGAGACAGGGGAAUACGCCACGGAUGAGGAGGAGGAGAUGAGCCCCAUGUUCCCCAGCAGUGAGAUGGCCAUCGAGGUGUUCGAGCUGGCCGAGAACGAGGACACGCUCUCCCCCGUUGAGAUGGACCCUGAGAAGCUGGUGCACAAAUUCAAGGAGCUCCAGAUCAAGCAUGCUGUCACCGAGGCGGAGAUCCAGCAGCUGAAGAGGAAGCUGCAGUGCCUGGAGCAGGAGAAGGCACGGUGGCGGGCUGAGAAGGCCCAGCUGGAGCAGAGCGUGGAGGAGAACAAGGAGCGCAUGGAGAAGCUGGAGGGGUACUGGAUGGAGGCACAGAACCUGUGCCAGGCGGUGGAUGAGCACCUCAAGGAGACACAGGCCCAGUACCAGACCCUGGAGCGAAAGUACAGCAAGGCCAAACGGCUCAUCAAGGAGUACCAGCAAAAGGAAAUCGAGUUCCUGAAGAAGGAGACGGCGCAGCGGAGGGUGCUGGAAGAAUCAGAGCUGGCGCACAAGGAAGAGAUGGAGAAGCUGCAGGAGAAGAUCUCCGAACUGGAGGCCAAGCUGCAGACCUUGAAAAAUUCCAACCCGACUUAAACCACCCUCAAACCGCAGCGAUUUGGGGGGGCGCGGGGGGGUUUGCCCCUCUCCCCUCAGCCCCUCUGUCCCCCAUUCCCACCCC